CAUCACCAUGAAUAGGGAAGUUGGUCGGUGUCUAACUCUUGGAAAACACUGGCUUGCAUAAAUCAUCGUAGCCCGCAUGAAGGCCUCUUGCGGCUCGAAUCCUUUCCUUGAAGACAUGACUCGCAACCGUUCAGAGACACUGAAGCGGCUUCUUAGCCAAACAUCUCUUAGGCCAAGCCGUUGUAGGUAGGUAACACUCAAAACUGGUGCACUUCCUGGGGAGGCGCAGGGUGUGGAGCUGCUGCACGACCUGCGCCGCAGCGACGCCAGCAGCACGCACGCCAAGAAGGCCGCAGUGGUCGCGGUGGCGGAGGCAGCAGGCGCAGCAGCGGUACGGCAGCUGUUCCGUUGUAGUUGGUUGGCGCUGCAUGCGGUGCGCUGCGAGCCGUGACGACUGCGGAUGACGAGCGGCCGCCCGCCAGCAAGGCCUUCAUGCAUGCGCGUGUGCCGGGUGCUGGGCACUGUACGGCAGGUGGCAGCCAACGGGGAGACCUGCCGGGGGUUCACGGACGAAGGCGGUGUGAUGGCUUGCCUGCAAGUGCUCAGCGACUGUGCGACCCAGCGAGACGUCCUCCGCGCCUGUCUGGGCCCCCUGCGGCAGCUGUGACACCGUGAAGCGGCUGGUGGCGGCCGGUGCCGUACCGCUUGCCGUACACUGCUUGGAUCUGCAUGCGGGUGCGGGUGACGUGGCGGCCGGUGCCGUACCGCUUGCCGUACACUGCUUGCAUCUGCAUGCGGGUGCGGGUGACGUGGCGGCCGGUGCCGUACCGCUUGCCGUACACUGCUUGGAUCUGCAUGCGGGUGCGGGUGACGUGGCGGCGGGCGCGCUGGGGAUGCUGGUCAACAGGAUGCUGCGGCAGCCGGAGAUCUGCAGCCCACGUGUGGCCGACUCGGUGGAGGCCCUGCAGCGCUAACCCGCCCGCGCGCCCCUGCAGCGGCAGGCGUGUCUGCUGGUGCGUGCGGGUGCAGGCGGCACGCAACCCCGAGCUGCGGCCACCCCUUCUGGAGCGGGGCGUGGAGGGGCUGCUGCGGGCGGCCAAGGCGGGGUGCCGAUAUGCGGGCACGGCGGCGCUGCGGGAUGCGGGUGUGGAUAACUACGAUGCGUGAUUAGGAUGGGAAGUGGAGAUGCUGGGCGGCUUAGCAAGGGGUUGUGGAGGCGGGCGGGAGACGAAGGGUGCGAGGCGGGUUGGGUGUAGUGCGGAUGUGGACGAGGCGGGCGAGUGUGUGGCUGUGUACUUGCAAGGUGUUGUGCACGCGACCGAUGGUAUAGCUUGUAUUGGAUCUCUUUCUGCUAGGGCAGAACAUGCAUGUGUGACACGCUGGGGACCUACGUACGGGGGCUGUCACACCGCUGCGGCCUGGGUACUACACGCGUGUAACAUAGGUUUAUCUGGGUUGCGGCCCCUUGUACGCCCCUCACCUCACCAUUG